AUGGAGUUCACACUUAGCAAAUCACUUGUAAAAUCCACCAAUAAUUAUCGCUACUUCUUCAACACAUUCUUCAUUUUUCCAAAAUCAAAUAAUAAUACACUCAUCAUAAGAAAAAACUCAUCAAACUUAACUUUCACUAGUCACACUCCUCAAAUAACAUGCACUUUUAAACUCUCAAACCCAACCUCAUUUUUUCGCUUUAACUUCCCAAACUUAAAACCAAUACUGCCAUCAUUCAAUUUCAACCCAUUCUCAAAAAUAACCGCUUCACUUGACCACAUUGCUGAAGUUUUCGUUGGAAACGACAAAAACCCGAUCGAAUGGCACUUAACGUCUAGUGACACAGAGUUGGGAUACGGGUCUAAUGACAAAAAACUGGUUGUAGUGUUGUUGGGUUGGUUAGGAUGUGAUCAUGAGAUACAAUUGAGACAGUAUGCUGACCUGUAUAAUAUGCUUGGUGUUAAUGCUGUCACCUUUGCUACUUCGGUCAACGAUGUCUUAGAUUUCGUGCCACGGGUGGAUAAUGUGAAGGCCAGACUUGAAGUUUUGGUUGAUGAGAUGGUGGAGUGGAUGCAGUACCAGAAUGAGGAGGAAUGUUUUUUGGUCUUUCAUACGUUUAGUAACAUCGGCUGGCUUGCCUAUGGUGCACUAUUGAACAUAUUGCAAGGUAAAGAAGAGAUACUUAACAAGAUCAAAGGAUGUGUUGUUGAUUCUGGAGGUGUCCCCGAGUUUGAUCCCAAGAUAUGGGCAGCUGAAAUCACGACGACCGUGCUUACCAUGUUUGCUGAAUCCGGGAAGAAACAAAAUGGAAAUGAUGAGGAGUUAAUGUUAUUUGAGGCCGAGUCAGCCUCACAAUUUGAAGAGAUUAUCACACAGGCUCUUGAAUCCCCAGAUGGAGAUUUUGAUUCAAUACUCAGGAGGCUGACAGAAGUAACAUCCACUCUCUCAGAGAACCAGCCAAGUCAUCCACAGCUUUAUCUCUACAGUACAGCGGAUAAGGUCAUUCCAUUCCAAAAAAUAGAAUCUUUUGCCGAACACCAAAAGAAACUUGGAAAAAAAGUAACGACAUUUAACUUCGAAUCUAGCCCACAUUUAGAUCAUUACCGAGCAUUCCCAGAUAUGUACCGAUCUCUCAUUCAAAAUUUCUUGAAAGAUUGUGUUGCUGUUGAGGGAAGACAAUUGUACAAGUUGCUCAUGUUGAAAGCCGCAAACUGGUUUUCUUAAUUAUGCAUUCUCUUUGUGUAACAGAAUACAACUAAGUAACCAUGCUAGAGUACAUUGUACACUGCAGGAACGAAACUCGAAAGUUAUGUUAUAUAGUUCAUUCAGAAUUGAGUCUGGGAAUUGUAACCUGUUAUACUCAAUAUA